CGGGAAUAGUCGAAGAACCAUGAACACGAACGUGAAGCGGCUGCGGAAGGAACUCGCGGAGCUGCGCAAGCACCCGGAGGCCGACAUGGUGCUCUUCCCGCUCGAGGAGUCGAUCGUCGAGUGGAAGGCCUUCAUCAAGGGCCCGGCGGAUACGCCAUUCGAGGGCCGCGUCUUCGAGCUCGCGAUCGCGACGACGCCCAUGUAUCCCAUGGAGCCGCCCAAGAUGAAGUUUGUCACCAAGAUUUUCCACCCGAACGUGCACUUCCAGGACGGUAGCAUCUGCCUCGACAUCCUCAAGCGCGAGUGGUCGCCGGCCUGGACGCUGCGCGCAGCCUGUCUUGCUGUCACGUCGCUCCUCUCGGACCCGGCGGCCGACUCGCCGCUCAACUGCGACGCGGGCAACAUGAUCCGCGCCGGCGACCUCAUGGCCUAUAACGCAAUGGCCGCCAUGUACACGACCGAGUUUGGCCUGCCCGCGCUGCCGGCGUCGCCGCUCUCGUAGCAGAAAGAAGUCGCCCAUGACAAAUACGAGCUUAAUUUUCUUACAACUGAACUACUUGGGC